ACCCCUCCCCCGAAUAACCAAAACACACACCAAAAAUGCUCCGAUCAUCACACCAUAAGCUCAUCAACCACCACACAACCACCACACUAUUCAUCCCAUAUAUCUCUUCACAAACCCUAACUAAUAUCCGAACAUUCCGUACACUAAUCACACUCGCAUCACACCCUACAACUACCACCACACUUUUCACACCUUCACAAUUACUACACAAUUCCGUACAUUUUCAACCUAACCUAGUAACUGUAACUGACCGCCGGUUCUCUCAUUUCUAUUCUCCGGUUUCUCCGGUGGCGCGUGAAUUUAUCCGGUCGAAGUUGGAUUCUGUGUUGACGAAAUGUAUUUCCUCGUCGCCGUCGUUGUCGCCGGUGAUGGAUACGGUGGCGGAGAGUGAUCGGAAUCAAGCGGUUGUUGAGGAUUCUGGCGAUGAAGAUAGUUUCAUUGAUAAGGAUGUUAAGACUCCUAUUCCUGUUAAGGCUUAUUUCUUCUCUACUAGUGUGGAUUUGAAAAAACUAGAGAAAGAGAACAGUCUCAAUUACAUUCAUCCCACGUCUCGGAAUGCUAAUUAUGCCGUAUUUAGGUUUGGUAGCCCUAAGCCUGAGCACAUUGGUUUGGGUGCGAGUAUUAGUGGGAGUGACAUCAGCUAUAUGGUAGUUUUUCAGUAUGGUUCAAUUGUUUUGUUUAAUGUUCGUGAUCAUGAAAUUGAUAUGCGUCUUCAAACUGUAAAAAAACAUGCUCAACAACCAUUUGUGGAAAGGAGAAUAGAUGAGUAUGAAGUUAAGGAGAAACCAACUUUGGAGACAUGGAUGGAAGGUGGGCUAGAUUAUAUUAUGCUGCAGUAUUUGAACAUUGAUGGGAUUCGCACAAUUAGCAGUGUUUUAGGUCAGAGUAUAGCUCUUGAUCACUAUGUUCGCCAGGUUGAUGGCAUGGUUGGAGAAUUCACUGAGAUCAAUCGUGGCAUGGAAAAAACUGGAACCUUCACAAUGGAAAGGAAAAAGUUAUUUCAGUUGGUAGGGAAGGCAAAUUCAAAUCUUGCUGAUGUCAUAAUUAAGCUUGGACUUUUUGAGAGAUCUGAUAUUGCCUGGAAGGAUGCUAAAUAUGCUCAAAUAUGGGAGUAUCUAAGAGAUGAGUUCGAGUUAACUCAGAGAUUCGCAAGUUUGGAUUUUAAGUUGAAAUUUGUUGAGCACAACAUUCGUUUUCUUCAAGAGAUUAUGCAGAACAGGAAAUCAGAUUUUCUGGAAUGGCUGAUUAUUGUGCUGAUUGGUGCUGAAAUUCUUAUAUCUGUCUAUGACAUUGCCCAUAAGUCCGUCCUAUAGAACAUAUCUUUGUUCUACUCAACUUUUUGAUGCUCAGCUUCACCGUGAAUAUAUCUAGAGAUUUAUCUUCUUCAAUCUAAGUAUCUAACUGCUUUGGCGCCUUAACUUUGGUUAUUUUUUUUGUCUGGCUUUUGAGUCAUGUUAGAGCCGACGGAAAUUCUCUUUGUAUAGAGAAAAUGCACAACUGCUGGUUUUUAAGUAUUAUUUAGGUAUGGCACAGCAACUUAACUUUAGCUGUUGUUUAUUCUUUAUUGUAUGUCUACAAAAAAAAUGGGAUAAUGGUUGCUUCACACAUAUGAUUGUGAUGGAGAAUUUGGUUUGAUUGGCAUGAUCAACAAGAUUUUGGGCCAUAGAUAGGAGUUUUUAUGCAAUCCCUUAUUCAUAUCAAUUAUCUGUGAAUCAUAACUCUUUUAAUUUAUAUAAAUCGUGUACUUGUUCGUU